AGCUCUUGGAGGGGGAGGUAAGCGGAGAGCCCGGGCUGGGCUGAAGAGCCAGAACCGAUAGCCGCUGCGAGCUCGGGAGGGAAGAGAGUCGAGCACCGACCAGGGCCGCCCGAGGCGGGAGGAGGAGACCCCUCCCGGCAGCCCUCUCGAGAGAAAAGCCGAUUUCAGCCCUGGGAGGGUGAGGGGGUGGCAAGAGAAAGGGAACGAGCCAACCACCAACAGCAGACCCACCUUCCCCCAUCCCCACCAAAACCCUUCCUUCUUCAGGGCUUCCCCACUCCGUGCAGUGCCCCGGGAGCAGCCAGGUGGCUGCGCUCUCCCCAGGGCUUGGGACAGGGCCGGGGAGGAGGGCAUGAGCCGGGAGGUGCCGCCCCACGAGUGCCCCAUGCGCCCCCGGGCUGGCAGCCUGAGCUGCUGCGGGCGUGAUUGAGGCGGGCGACGGGCGGGAGACCCGAGACAAGAGCGAAGGAGGCAGCCAGGCGGCGAGGGAGCCGAGCAGAGCCCAGCGGAGCCUGACGGCGGCGCAGCGGCAGCCGCGGCGGCCCCGGGCUGGGCGCGUGCGCUCGCCUCUUCGCAGCCCCGGAGACCGAUGUAGAAGCAAGUCCAUGGCCGUGCCAAGUAGGAGUCGGAAGAGAUAAGGCGACCCCCAGAGCUGAAGCUCGCCUAGGGGAGCGAGGAGCUGCGCCGGCGCGGGGGGCUUUAUCCGGCAGGUACCAUGGCAGGAACCAUAGACUGCAGCUUCAUCCGGACUCUCAUCAACCGAUACUGUGCGGGAGAAGAGAAUUGGGUUGAUAGUCGGACCAUCUAUGUCGGACACAAGGAACCCCCUCCAGGUGCUGAAGCAUACAUUCCACAAAAAUACCCAGAUAAUAGAAUAGUCUCUUCCAAGUACACAUUUUGGAACUUCAUACCCAAGAAUUUGUUUGAGCAGUUCAGAAGAAUAGCCAAUUUUUAUUUUCUUAUCAUCUUUCUGGUACAGUUGAUUAUUGAUACACCCACAAGUCCAAUCACAAGUGGACUUCCUUUAUUCUUUGUCAUUGCUGUCACAGCUGUCAAACAGGGUUAUGAAGACUGGCUUCGACAUAAAGCAGACAACGCAAUGAACCAGUGCCCUGUCCAUUUUAUUCAGCAUGGCAAACUCGUCCGAAAACAAAGCCGGAAUUUAAGAGUUGGAGAUAUUGUGAUGGUAAAUGAUGGGGAAACCUUUCCGUGUGACUUAAUAUUUCUUUCUAGCAGUAGAGAGGAUGGAACAUGUUAUGUCACAACAGCCAGCUUGGAUGGUGAAUCAAGUCAUAAGACUCAUUAUGCAGUUCAUGAAACAAAGGGAUUUCAAACUGAAGAAGAUAUCGACAGCUUGCAUGCUACCGUUGAAUGUGAACAGCCUCAGCCUGACCUCUACAAAUUUGUCGGCCGCAUACAUGUUUACCAGGGAAGAAAUGACCCUGUUGUAAGGUCGUUAGGAUCCGAAAACCUGCUUCUUAGGGGAGCCACCCUAAAGAACACUGAGAAAAUCUUUGGUGUGGCUAUAUAUACUGGCAUGGAAACUAAGAUGGCAUUAAACUACCAGUCAAAGUCACAGAAACGAUCUGUUGUAGAAAAAUCAAUGAAUGUAUUCCUUAUCGUGUACCUCUGCAUUCUAAUCAGUAAAGCACUGAUAAAUACUGUCCUGAAAUAUGUGUGGCAGAGUGACCCAUUUCGAGACGAGCCUUGGUUUAAUCAGAAGACAGAAGCAGAGAGACAGAGGAACCUGUUUCUCAAAGCUUUCACAGAUUUCCUGGCUUUUAUGGUACUUUUUAACUACAUUAUUCCAGUUUCGAUGUAUGUCACAGUUGAAAUGCAGAAAUUUCUUGGCUCCUAUUUCAUCACCUGGGAUGAAGAUAUGUUUGAUGAAGAAAGAGGUGAAGGACCUCAAGUUAACACUUCUGACCUAAAUGAAGAAUUGGGCCAGGUAGAAUAUGUCUUCACAGAUAAGACUGGAACAUUGACAGAAAACAAUAUGGAAUUCAUAGAAUGUUGCAUUGAAGGCAAUGUCUAUGUGCCUCAUGUCAUUUGCAAUGGACAGAUCCUCCCUGACUCUGGAGGCAUUGACAUGAUUGACUCUUCUCCUGGAGUGAUUGGAAAGGAGAGAGAAGAGCUGUUUUUUCGGGCUCUCUGUCUUUGCCACACAGUUCAGGUGAAGGAUGAUGUCUUUGUAGAUGGAGCCAAAAAAUCACCCGACUCCUCAAGAUCUUGCAUAUAUAUUUCAUCAUCGCCAGAUGAAGUGGCAUUAGUUGAAGGAAUUCAAAGGCUUGGUUUCACAUACCUAAGGCUGAAAGACAAUUACAUGGAGCUAUUAAAUAGAGACAAUGAUGUUGAGAAGUAUGAAUUAUUAGAUAUUUUGACUUUCGAUUCAGUGAGGAGAAGAAUGAGCGUGAUUGUCAAAUCUCCUUCAGGGGACAUUUACCUGUUUUGCAAGGGAGCAGAUUCUUCAAUAUUUCCAAGAGUAACAGAAGGCAAAGUAGAUCAAAUACGAUCCAGAGUGGAACACAAUGCAGUGGAAGGACUGCGAACUCUAUGUGUUGCCUAUAAAAAACUCACCCAGGAAGAAUAUAAUGAGGUUUGUGAACUUCUGCACGCAGCAAGAGUGGCACUUCAGGAACGAGACAGGAGAUUGUCCGAGGCAUAUGAGCACAUUGAGACAGACCUUAUUCUGCUUGGUGCUACAGCUGUCGAGGACCGCCUCCAGGAGAAAGCUGCCGACACCAUCGAAGCUCUUCAGAAAGCAGGCAUCAAAGUUUGGGUUCUGACAGGAGACAAGAUGGAGACAGCAGCAGCCACUUGCUAUGCCUGCAAGCUUUUCAGGAGAAACACCCAAGUGCUCGAGCUGACCACAAAGAAGAUCGAGGAGCAGAGCCUGCACGAUGUGCUCUUUGAGCUGAGUAAGACCGUCCUGCGCUACAGCGGCAGUAUGACCAGGGACAAUUUCUCAGGACUUUCAACUGAUAUGCAAGAUUUUGGCUUAAUUAUCGAUGGAGCUGCAUUGUCACUAGUAAUGAAACCCCGACAAACCGGGAGCUCUGGAAACUACCGAGAGCUCUUCCUGGAAAUCUGCAGGAACUGUAGCUCCGUGCUCUGCUGUCGGAUGGCCCCUCUGCAGAAGGCACAGAUCGUUAAAUUGAUUAAAUUUUCCAAGGAGCACCCUAUUACUCUAGCCAUUGGGGAUGGCGCCAAUGAUGUCAGCAUGAUUCUAGAAGCCCAUGUGGGCAUAGGAAUCAUUGGAAAAGAAGGUCGUCAAGCAGCAAGGAACAGUGACUAUGCAAUACCGAAAUUUAAACACUUAAAGAAGAUGAUCCUUGUCCAUGGACAUUUUUAUUACAUUAGGAUAUCUGAACUUGUGCAAUACUUCUUUUAUAAGAAUGUCUGCUUCAUUUUCCCUCAGUUUUUAUACCAGUUCUUCUGUGGAUUUUCACAACAGCCUUUAUAUGAUACUGCGUAUCUAACACUGUACAACAUCAGCUUCACUUCCCUCCCCAUUCUCAUGUACAGUCUGAUGGAGCAGCACGUCACCAGCGAUAUGCUUAAGAGAGACCCUUCGCUGUACAGGGAUAUUGCCAAGAAUGCUCUGCUCCGCUGGCGGGUAUUCAUUUAUUGGACAUUCUUGGGUGUAUUUGAUGCUGUGGUAUUUUUCUUUGGUGCUUACUGGAUGCUUGAAAACACGUCAAUGACCAUCAAUGGACAGGUAUUUGGAAACUGGACCUUUGGAACACUGGUGUUCACUGUGUUGGUAUUUACGGUUACACUAAAGCUUGCCCUUGAUACACACUACUGGACUUGGAUAAAUCAUUUUGUUAUUUGGGGAUCUCUGAUUUUCUACAUUGUCUUUUCUCUACUCUGGGGAGGAAUUAUCUGGCCUUUCCUCAGUUAUCAGAGGAUGUACUUUGUGUUCAUACAGAUGCUAUCUAGUGGUCCUGCAUGGAUGGGCAUCAUUCUGUUAAUAAUUAUCAGCCUUCUUCCAGAUAUUCUCAAAAAGGUUCUAUGUAGGCAGUUGUGGCCUACAGCAACAGAAAGAACUCAGAAGAUUAUGAAACAUAAACCAACUGUAGAGGCAGUGGCGACCUACGAUGGGCCCCUCCUUGAAGGAUCUCUUACGGCUGCCGAAGCGUAAUUAGCUCAAUGAUAGAAUUCUCCAAGGCAAUGUCAGGAGCAUAUUUCAGAAUUCACCCCUCUCGCCUCUCUACCAAGUCCAAGCUAUCGAAGCAAU